ACUUGCUAAAAUAUUAGAGUUCGUGAAGAAGUUGUCAAACGCGACCAAGUGGACCCCUCAUGAAUCUUCAAUCAGAAAACCAACGUGGUGUAUUUUAGGGAGUGAACUGAAAACUUAGGCUUGUUCUAUAGUUAGAGAGGGGAAGAUGAUGGAGAAGAAAGAGAAAGAAUUCUUAACGGUGGCACCAUUUGAGUGUGCUUGGAGAAAGGAUUUGAAGUUCAGAGAAGCAGGGCGUGGUUGUGUGGCUUUUGAGGCUUUUGCCCACAAUGAUGUGACUUUGGUGUUCAGAGAGAAUGUGGGAAGCCAACAUUACCAUUACAAGAGAGACAACACUCCUCAUUAUACAGUUAUAUUGGGUAGUCAUAGGAACAGAAGAUUGAGAAUUGAGGUGGAUGGGAAGACUGUUGUGGAUGUUGAAGGUGUUGGGUUGUGUUGCUCUUCUUCUUUUCAGAGUUAUUGGAUCAGUAUCUAUGAUGGGUUGAUCUGUAUUGGUAAGGGAAGAUACCCUUUUCAGAAUAUUGUUUUUCAAUGGUUGGAUUCAAACCCAAAUUGUAGUGUUCGUUAUGUGGGGCUUAGUAGCUGGGAUAAGCAUGUGGGAUAUAGGAAUGUCAAUGUGUUGCCUGUGAUUCAAAACCAUUUAUCACUUUGGAAACAUGUGGAUUGUGGUGAAUAUAUGAGUGAGGAGUGUGGAGGAGAAGAGCACUUGGAUGAUGGUGAGCAAAUGGGGUAUGAGAAAUGGGGUCUUGAAAACUUUUUCGAGAGUUGGGAAUUGUCUGAUGUCUCGUUUCUUGUUGGUGUGGAGCAGAGGCCUGUUCCUGCACAUAAGUUUAUCUUGGCAUCUUCUGGUAAUUUUCCUUUGAGUUCAUCACUGGCUGUUAUAGAGCUUAACGGGGUGACUUAUCCGGUUCUGCACUCACUUCUUGAAUAUAUCUACACUGGCCGGACCCAGAUUUCAGAAUCCGAACUUGCUUCCCUGAUGUUUCUGAGCUUGCAAUUUGAAGUAAUGGCGUUGGUAAAGCAAUGCAAGGAGACCAUAGAACAGCUUAAACUCAAUGAGAAGGAGUCGUUUGACUCGGUUAAGAGUGUCGAAUUAUCAUUUCCAAUUUCAAGCUCUUCGCCACAUUAUUGUAGAGUCUUCCCCUUUGGGCUGCCUGUUGAUAAGCAGAGGCUCAAACAACUGCAUUCAUCUUGCGAGUUCAGUGAUGUAAACAUAUACGUUGAUGGAGGUGGCCUUGUUUCCCAAGCACAUAAGAUUGUUCUCAGUUUAUGGAGUGUCCCAUUUGCGAAGAUGUUCACAAAUGGAAUGAGUGAAACCAAUUCCUCGGAGGUUCUUCUAAGAGAUGUAUCCCCAGAAGCAUUCAGGUCUAUGUUGGACUUCAUGUAUAGUGGGGAGUUGAAUUUGGAAGUUACUAUGGAAUCCGGUGCCUUGUUACUGCAACUUUUGUUAUUGGCUGAUCAAUUUGGAGUCACUCUCCUUCAUCAAGAAUGCUGCAAAACGCUCUUAGAGUGGCUUUCUGAGGACACAGUAUUUCCAAUCCUCCAAGUGAUUUCAUCGGUUCGAUCAUGUAAACUUAUCGAAGAAACAUGCGAGAGGAACUUUUCCACGCACUUUGACUAUUGCACAACUGCAAGCAUUGACUUUGUCUUGUUAGAUGAGACGUCUUUUAGCAAUAUCAUUCGGCAUCCGGAUUUGACUGUAACAUCUGAAGAAAAAGUUCUUGAUGUGAUCUUAAUGUGGGGCAUGAAAGCAAACGAAGUAUGUGAGUGGGAGGUCGUGGAUGAGCUGAUGAUGCGUUCCACGCCUGAGCUCCUCUUCGGGGAGAGACUGCAGUCGGUUCAUGACAUCUUAUCUUUUGUCAGAUAUCCAAUAAUGCCACUUACCUUGCUUAAGAAGUUGGAGAAGAGCAACCUUAGCAGUCAAAUUCCUGCUUUUGAUUUGCUUGUGAAGGAUGCAAUCAGCUUCAUUGAAGGUGGAUUGACAGGGGCAGAAUUUGAGCAAAACGUGAGAUUCCAACAUAGGAGAUCUAGUUAUAAGGAGUUGCAAUACAUAUGCGACGGUGACAGUAACGGAGUUUUGUACUUUGCGGGCACAUCAUAUGGAGAACAUCAGUGGGUUAAUCCUGUUCUUGCUAAGACAAUCACCAUUACUGCUAGCAGCCCCCCUUCAAGAUUCACCGACCCAAAGGUUUUGGCCUCAAGAACUUACCAGGGAACAUCAUUUGCUGGACCUCGGAUAGAAGAUGGACAUAGCAGCACAUGGUGGAUGGUUGACAUUGGUUCUAAUCAUCAGCUUAUGUGCAACUACUACACCUUAAGGCAGGACGGAUCCAGGGCUUACAUUAGAUCUUGGAGUCUCCAGGGAUCUUUGGAUGGGAAAACGUGGACAAAUCUGAGUGUACAUGAAAACGAUCAAACGGUGUGCAAGCUGGGGCAGUUCGCGUCAUGGCCCAUUGUAGGACCAAAUGCUCUGCGUCCGUUUAGAUUCUUUAGGGCCCUUUUGACAGGUCCCACAACGGAUAUCUCCAAUCCCUGCAACUUAUGCAUAUGCUUCUUGGAGCUUUAUGGCUACUUCCACUAGUUCUUUUAUGUCCCUCCAUAGCUUGAUGUAACACAUUUGCUGGGAUAUGUUACUCUGGACAAAUUGAACUCUAUCCAAUGGAAAGAAAUGGAAUCAUCUUUAAAUUUAA